AUGGCAAAACAAAACCAAGAAACCCAAACCCAAGAACCCGGUUCACUUGGGUCCAAAUCUCAACCCUUGAGUAAUUUCAAAUACUCCAACCGAGUUCAACUAAAGUCGAUUUUUCUUAACCGAACCGACGGCGGUGCGGAGUUUAUAGGACAGACAGUGGUGGUUGGCGGAUGGGUGAAGUCGUCGAAGGAAGUUGAGAAAUCUUCACCUCCUCCACCGCCGUCAACUCCGGCGCCGGAAAAUGAAACUCCAGCGAAAGAUAUAUCGUGUGUCGAGAUUUUUCAGUCUCGAAUUCCUUUGAUUCGUAAUAUAAUGGAAGUUUUAGGAGGAAGCAGUUACGUGUCUCGCAAGAAAUUACGUGACUCUCCAAUUCCUAAACCUCUUCCUCCCAAAUCUUCCACCGCUUAUCUUCUUCUCACAGAUGGUUCGUGCGUUGCCACACUUCAGGUUGUGGUUGAAUCCUCGAUAGCUACACCGAGCCGGCUUUUGGCCACCGGAACCUGUAUAUUAGUGGAAGGUCGGAUAGAGCGGCCAUCAGCAGAAGGGAAGCAUGCUAUUCAGUUGACGGCUGACAAAGUUCUUCACAUUGGGACUGUUGACGUUGGGAAGUAUCCGUUAUCAAAGAAGAGAAUUCCAUUGGAUAUGUUAAGAGAUUACUCCCAUUUUCGGCCCCGAACAACUACGGUGGCAACUGUCAUGCGAGUUCGUAGUGCUUUGUCGUUUGCAACUCACUCAUUUUUCAAGGAUCAUGCAUUUUUUGACGUGCAAGUACCAACUAUAACUACCACAGAUUCCAAAGGAUUUAGCAACAUGUUCCAGGUUACAACUUCCGGAAAUCAGAAAGCAGACAAGGAGAAGCUGAGUACCAUUUAUGAGACUGAAGGUGUUAGCCUUGAAACUGUGAAGGAAGCUGCCAAAGAGAAAAGCAAACUAGUUGAAACUUUAAAAAGAAGUGAAAGCAAUAAGGAAGCUCUGGCCGCAGCAAUUCAGGAUCUGCGGAAAACUAUUGAACUGGAAUCACAAUUGGAAGCAAGAGAAAAGAAAAUUUUUGGAACUUUAUUGAAGCAUGACAGAGUAGACUCUUCUGAAGAUUUUUUCUCUACCCAAACUUAUUUGACUGUUUCCGGUCGCUUACAUCUCGAGAGUUUUGCAUCUGCUCUUGGUAAUGUGUACUCGUUUGGACCUAGAUUUCAAGCAGAUAAAACAGAUUCUGCAAAACAUGCUGCAGAAAUGUGGAUGGUUGAGGCUGAAAUGGCUUUUGCUGAAUUAAAGGAUUCCAUUACCUGUGCUAAUGACUUGUUUAAGUACCUAUGUAAGUGGGUUUUGGAAAAUCACUCUGAUGAUGUGAAGUUUGUUGGCAAAAGAAUUGACAACACUUGCAUUGAUCGUCUUCGGGAAAUUAUAUCUGGUUCCCCUCAAAUAAUUUCCUAUAAUGAAGCUUUAGAUGUUCUUAGAAAGGCCGAAGAUAAGAAAUCUGAAGCAAAGUUCGAAUCGGGUGCUAGACUCACUUCAGAUCACCUAAGCUACCUGGCCGAUAUCGUCUACAAGAAGCCAGUUAUAAUUCACAGUUAUCCAAAAGAAGCUAAGCCAUUCUAUGUUAGAGUUAAUGAUGAUAAAACUGUUGCUGCAUUUGAUCUCGUUGUUCCAAAGGUUGGAACUAUAAUUUCUGGCAGCCAAAAUGAGGAGCGCCUUACCGUGAUAAGCUCGAGAAUUACUGAAUUGGGUUUGCCGCGAGAGAAGUAUGAAUGGUACUUGGAUCUUUGUCGAAAUGGAACGGUCAAGCACGCCGGGUUCACUCUAAACUUUGACCUUAUGAUCCUUUAUAUAACAGGUCUUAGCAAUGUUAGGGAUGUUAUCCCUUUUCCAAGAAGCCAUGGCAAGGCGAACAACUAA